AUGAAGCUCUCGACUGCUGUCCUCCUUGCGGCAGCUUCACAGGCUACCGCGGCGUCCUUCCACCACGCCCAGAGUUGGCUGAGACCCCGCCAGGACGCCAACAAUGGAAUCAUCGACAUUCCCUCUCCUGUCAACCACACCGGACAGCCGGACAAGUGCGCAGGGUACAAGGUCGACGAGAUACAGUCGCAUGACACUGGUUUUGACGGGACGCUUUCGCUCGUCGGCCAAUGCAAUGCUUAUGGCCCAGACUAUCAAACCCUCAAGAUCCAGGUGCGGUACGAGACGCCAGACCGCCUCCGUGUUCGGAUCACCGACGCCGACGGCAAGGCACAUGUCGUCCCCUCCGAUGUCGCCCAGUGGCCCAAGAUUGACGACAUGACGGUCACGGCAGACGAGAGCAACCUUGCGAUCGACAUAGUCCACGAACCCUUCGGGUUCAAGGUGCAGCGCAAGUCUGAUGGCGAGGUGCUGUUCAACACCCAGGGCCACGCCCUUAUUUUUGAAGAGCAGUACGUACGCGUCCGCAGCGGUCUCGCCGAGGGCAGCAACAUCCAGGGCCUGGCCCAACACUCGGACAACUUUACGCUUCCUAUCCAUGACGACGGGUACGUCCGCACCUUGUGGACGCGUGACGCGUAUGGUGUGCCGGGCAGGACCAACCUGUACGGCUCCCAUCCCUUCUACGUCAAUCAGAAAGUCGGACAACAUGCCAGUGCAAGCGGCACAUUCCUCCUCAGCAGCCAUGGUAUGGAUGUCAAGUUCCCAAACGGCGGGUCAGAGAUCGAGUACAAUACACUCGGUGGCAUCGUCGACCUGUUCUUCUUCAACGGCCCAACGCCAGCCGACGUCGCCCGCCAGGGCUCGCAGGUCUGGGGCGUCAGUGAACCCGUGCCGUACUGGAGCCUGGGGUUCCACUCGUGUCGAUAUGGGUAUAUUGACAUUGCUUACGUUGCCGAGGUCGUCGCAAACUACACGGCGGCUGAAAUCCCACUCGAAGUCCAGUGGAUGGACAUUGACUACAUGAAGGACCGUUGGAUCCAGACGCUGGACCCAGACCGCUUCGCCCUCGACAAAGUCCGCUAUGUUAUUGACAAGUUGCACGCGAGCAACCGCCACAUGAUCGUCAUGGUCGACCCAUCGACAUACAGCGGAACGCCAAACGUCUCUGCCGAGAGUUACGAGACGCUCCAGACUGGAAAAGAGCAGGGCAUUUUCAUGGCGUACGACAACGGCACGCUGUAUGAGGGCGUUGUUUGGCCCGGCCCCACCGCCUUCCCAGACUGGACACACGAGCGCGCCCAGGCCUGGUGGGACGCAGAGUUUGAGCGCUUCUUCAAUCCCGACACGGGCGUCGACGUCAGCGGCAUCUGGCUUGACAUGAAUGAGCCUGCAAACUUCCUUCCCUAUCUCGAGGCCAACAUCUACCGUGUGUCGGCGGAGCGUGAAAUGCCACCUCGUCGUCCCCUGCCCCGGAUCAUACCCCGUUCCAUCCCCGGCUUCGAGGCAUUCACACCAGGACAGAACAUUUCUGCACCUCUUGGAUCCUCUAAUAGUUCUAAUGCCACCCGGCGCUCGGUCUACAAGCGCCAGAUCCAAUCUCCGCCACCCAACACGCUGGACGACUACCUCUCGCCAGAGCUCGACAGCCAAUGGCUGUACCCCCCAUACCGCAUUCAGGACCGACGUGCACCCCCGUCCAAGGCCGGCGACCAAGAGGGCCUGAAGAACAUCUCCGACUUCUCCGCGCGCACGGAUAUUGUGCAGGCGAAUGGGGCGCGCACGUACGACGAGCACAACCUCUAUGGUUCGCGACAUGCGAUUGUCACGCACAACGCGCUUCUCAAAAGACGGCCCGGCAAGCGUGCGUUCACGAUCGCGCGCUCGAGCUUUAGCGGAACACCGUCGUCAAUCUGGUUGGGAGACAACAUCUCCACCUGGGAGCAGUAUAUCCAGACUAUUCGUCAGAUGUUCCAGUUCGCGGCUGUGUCGGGAGUGGGUGUGGUGGGCGCAGAUUCGUGCGGCUUUGGCGGUAACACCACCGAGACGCUAUGCGCCCGGUGGGCAUGGCUUGGAGCAUUCAACACGUUCUACCGCAACCAUAACGAGCUCGGCAGCAUCAGCCAAGAGUUUUAUCUUUGGAACCUUACCACGAUCGCUGCGCGCGCUGCGGGACACGUCCGCCUUCAGCUUCUCGACUAUACGUACUCGUUCCUGCAACAGCACGUCGACGAUGGAACGCCGGCGAUCUGGCCGUUGUCAUGGGUACACCCCCAGGACGCGAACACGAUUGGUCUCGAGGCCCAGUUCUACUACGGGCCGCACCUUCUCGUGUCUCCAGUCGUCGAGGAGAACAGCACCAGCGUAAGCUUCUACCUCCCCUCGGGACGGUAUUACGACUUUUUUACACUGGCCGCGGUCGACGGUUCGGGCGCCACAGUUACCCUCACCGACGUGGGUUACGACACGAUGCCGCUACACAUCAAGGGAGGUGCUGUGGUGCCUCUACGCCUGGGCGAGUCAAUGACAACCACGGAGAACCGGCAGUUGCCGUUCCGUCUGAUCGUUGCGCCCAGCGCAGACGGGGAAGCGCACGGAUACCUGCGCCUCGAUGACGGUGAGAGCCUCGACAUGGGCGACGCUGUGAGUGACAUCCACCUCGACUUCAAGGACGGAUGCAAGCUCCAUAUCUCCGGCUCGUUCGGGUACCAGGACUGCAACCAGCUCGACUCGAUCGUGUUCGCUGGGCAGGAUGCCCAGAGGAGCGUGUCGAUCAAUGGCGAGGCGUGCCACGAUGUUGUCUAUGAUCAACACUUGAAGACGCUCACUGUGUCCAACCUGUCGCGCAAGCUUGAUUGCGAGAUGUCUGUCGAGCUCCAGUAG